UACAGCUCACUGACCAUUUGGCGAUCCAUAGAGAGGAGGGUUCUUUGUGACAUCUCUGGACAGAUUGGGGGUCUGCUCAUUUCCAUCUCAUUAGCUAUGCAGAGCACAGGCUCCAUAUAAAGAGGCAGGCGGGCAUCCAGAGGCAGAGUCGCCAGCAGCACCUGGGAUUACACGCACUGGGAUUACAGCUCCUGCCCUUGUGGAUUGUUGCCUGCUUUUUCCCCCUAUGGAGCCCAAGGUUUAAGGACAUACAAGGUGCUGACAGCCCCCAUCCAGCCCCAUUCACAAGAACUGUCACUCAAUGAGAGGGCGUCUGUAGAGCGGAGAGAAGAGCCAGAGGACUGCUGUGUGCCGAGUCGCCCCUGCCUGUACCGCAGCCAACAUGGGACCUCAGUCUGCGCUCAGCCUGGCCGUGCUGGCCUCGCUCCUGUGCCAGGUCUCGUGCUCCGGACUCUUUGAGCUCAAGCUGCAGGAGUUUGUCAAUAAGAAGGGUCCUGUGGGGAACGUGAACUGCUGCCGCGGCGGGAUGGCCGCCUCCCAGGGGCUGCAGCUGUGCCAGUGCAGGACCUUCUUCCGAAUCUGCCUCAAGCACUACCAGAGCAGCGUGUCCCCGGAGCCGCCGUGCACCUACGGCAGCGCCCUCACCCCGGUGCUGGGCUCCAACUCCUUCACGGUCCCGGACACCGUCAGCGCCGACCCCAGCUUUAGCAACCCCAUCCGCUUCGCCUUCGGGUUCACCUGGCCUGGCACGUUCUCCCUCAUCAUCGAAGCAUUGCACACGGACUCCCCCGACGACCUAAACCCAGAGAACCCGGAGCGUCUGAUCAGCCGCCUCACCACCCAGAGACAUCUGACCGUGGGUGAAGACUGGUCCCAGGAUUUACACAGCACUGGCCUCACUGAGCUCAAGUACUCCUACCGCUUUGUAUGUGACGAGUACUAUUAUGGAGAAGGAUGCUCUGACUACUGCCGGCCCAGAGAUGAUGCUUUUGGACACUUUUACUGUGGUGAAAAGGGAGAGAAGAUCUGCAACCCUGGCUGGAAAGGACAGUACUGCACAGAACCAAUCUGUCUUCCUGGAUGUGAUGAGCACCAUGGUUAUUGUGAGAAGCCCGGGGAGUGCAAAUGCCGUGUAGGUUGGCAAGGUCGCUACUGCGAUGAAUGCAUCCGCUAUCCAGGUUGUCUGCACGGUACAUGCCAGCAGCCAUGGCAAUGCAACUGCCAAGAAGGAUGGGGAGGACUUUUCUGUAAUCAAGAUCUGAACUACUGCACUCACCACAAACCUUGCAAGAAUGGAGCCACCUGCACCAACACGGGCCAGGGAAGCUACACCUGCUCCUGCCGCCCAGGAUACACUGGAUCCAACUGUGAGAUUGAGCUCAAUGAAUGUGAUGCCAACCCUUGCAAAAAUGGAGGAAGCUGCACUGACCUAGAAAACAACUAUUCCUGUGCGUGUCCACCAGGCUUCUAUGGUAAAAAUUGUGAGCUGAGUGCCAUGACUUGUGCCGAUGGACCAUGCUUCAAUGGAGGCAGAUGCUCCGAUAACCCAGACGGUGGAUACAGUUGCCUCUGCCCAUUCGGAUACUCUGGCUUUAACUGUGAAAAGAAAAUAGAUUAUUGCAGUUCCAAUCCCUGUGCUAAUGGAGCUCGCUGUGAAGACCUGGGAAAUUCCUACAUCUGCCAGUGCCAGGAAGGCUUCUCUGGAAGACAUUGUGAUGAUAACCUGGAUGACUGUGCUUCCUUCCCCUGCCAAAACGGUGGCACAUGCCAGGAUGGGAUUAAUGACUACUCCUGUACUUGCCCUCCUGGGUACACUGGAAAAAACUGCAGCAUGCCUGUCAGCAAAUGUGAGCACAACCCAUGCCACAAUGGGGCAACAUGCCAUGAGAGAAACAACCGUUACGUGUGUGAAUGCGCUCAUGGCUAUGGUGGACUUAACUGCCAGUUUCUGUUGCCUGAAACAAAAACUGAAACUGAUAAGUAUGUAGAAAGGCCAAGCGGACAGUUCCCCUGGAUUGCAGUGUGCGCUGGAAUUAUCCUGGUAUUAUUGCUGCUCCUAGGCUGUGCCGCGGUAGUAGUUUAUGUGCGCCUAAAGGUGCAGCGGAAACGUCACAUCCCUGCGGCUACACGUGGCGAGACCAAGACCAUGAAUAAUUUGACAACCUGCCAUCGUGAAAAGGACAUUUCUGUAAGCAUCAUAGGCACCACUCAGAUUAAAAAUACAAAUAAGAAGGUGGACUUUCUCGGUGAAAGCAAUAGCGAUAAAAAUGGCUUCAAGACCCGAUACCCAUCUGUGGAUUACAAUUUAGUACAUGAGCUGAAGCAUGAAGAGACUACAAAGGCGGAGCGGAGGAAAUGUGAAGCCAAGUGCAGCUCAAGUGACUCAGACUCAGAAGACCUGCACUCAUCACAUUUAAAAAGUGACUCUUCAGAAAAUCAGAGACCAGACUCAAAUUACUCGUCAUCUAAAGACACAAAAUAUCAAUCGGUAUAUGUCAUAUCAGAUGAGAAAGAUGAAUGCAUCAUAGCAACUGAGGUGUAAUAAAGAAGCUGUAGUGUACAACCUAUUCUUGUCAAAUAUUCAGAGGUGACGCCCACAUGAAUGCUGCUGAUAUCUGAGGAGAGGGACAUCCCUUUGUUGACUGCUGCUGAGACACUAAAUUCAGGCUGAGCUGGUUCUCUACUGAAAUUAGCAAAAUGACUGCAAAAGAAAAAAAAGGACACCUCAAGCUAGUCUCUGUGUCCGGACUGUUGCACUGCCAUUUCUGUUCUUCUCCAUUCUUCAUUGCACUAUGGACAGUUGCUUUUUUUUAAUAAUUAUAAUACAGUAAAUAUAUAUAUAAAUAUAAAUAUAUAUUUAAUGAAUGGACUUCUACAUUCUUUAGAAGAAGAGCGCACUGCCUGAGGUGCUUAUUUUGAAUUCUUAUGAGCCACUACGUUGCUGAACUCCAGACACUGCCUGGCUUAGUCUUUUUUAUACUAAAAGGUGUUUUUCACUAGGUCAAAAAAUGUGCAUUAUUUUUUGAACUCGUAAGACUAUUUUUACGAUAUUUGUAAAGCUCGAGUAUUUGUAAUGGUCAUUUUUAUAAUUUAAAAUUUGGUAAAUAUGUACAAAGGCACUUCAGGUCUAUGUGACUAUAUUUUUUGUAUAUAUAUGUAUUUAUGGAAUAUUGUGCAAAUGGUAUUUGAUUUUUUUCUACUUUUUUUGUUAAUGAAGGGAUUAAUUUUUAAACUAUUUUUCCAAAAUAAAUACUA